AUGAAGAAAACUGUUUUACAUUGGAGGCUGUUCUCCAAGUGUAAGCACUUCCAUAGAAGAAGGCCAGUAACGUGUCAUCUGACUACCUCUGCUUGUUCUAAGCCAUACUUUGUGACAACACCAAUAUUUUAUGUGAAUGCAGCUCCACAUAUAGGUCACCUCUACUCUUGCCUUCUGGGAGACGCACAAGCAAGAUGGCGCCGUGUCAAGGGGCAGACCACUCUCUUCGCAACAGGAACAGAUGAGCAUGGUCUAAAAAUACAACAAGCUGCGGCAUCAGCAAACCUGGAACCUCAAAUCUUCUGUGAUAGCAUCUCCCAAAAAUUUCAGUCAACAUUUGAUGCUGCAGGGAUCAAGUAUGACACAUUUGUGAGAACAACAGCUCCAGCACACCGAGCAGCUGUCCACGCUUUCUGGCACAAACUGGUUGAAGCAGGCCACAUCUACCAUGGAUCUUACUCUGGUUGGUACUCGGUGCCUGAUGAAGCAUUCCUGUCAGAGGAUGACAUCGAGAGCAGAACAAUAGUCGAUGGUUCGACAGUCAAGGUAUCUAAAGACAGCGGGCAUCCUGUCUCUUGGACUGAAGAGAAGAACUACAUGUUUCGACUGUCAGAUUUUCAGGAGCAACUUUUAUACUGGCUUAAUUCUUCCCCUAUUCACCCCAUCCAAUUUGAGCAGCCAGUGAGACACAUGAUUCAGAAUCUCACUGAUCUGUCGGUGACAAGAGACAGGCAUAGACUACCCUGGGGAAUAGCGGUCCCUGGGGAUGAAACUCAGACUAUAUAUGUGUGGCUAGAUGCUCUAGUUAACUACCUGACUGUUGCUGGGUACCCAGCCACCAAGCUAUGGCCUCCUGAUUGUCAGAUAAUAGGCAAGGACAUCCUCAGGUUUCAUGCAGUCUAUUGGCCAGCAUUUCUCAUUGCAGCAGGUCUGGAGCCGCCCUCAAAACUUAUUGUUCAUUCCCAUUGGCUGGUGGACAAUGUCAAGAUGUCCAAGAGCCUUGGAAAUGUGGUAGACCCUAUGGAAAAGAUAUCAGCUUUUGGAGUUGAUGGUCUUCGUUAUUUCAUGCUCAGUGAGGGUAGUUUGGACUCUGAUGGUUUGUACAGUGAAAAACGAGUCAUAGAGAGAAUAAACUCGGACCUAGCAAACACAUUGGGUAAUCUGUUGGGUCGUUGUACAGCACCUGUGGUGAACAAAGAGCAGCAGUUGCCUCCCCUGGUUGAGGACAACUUGUUUGAGUUCCUGUCUGCAGAAGAUAGAGAUGCACACAAGAGCUUAUACAUCCUACCAGACAGUAUAGACCACUUGUACCAAGAUUACUACUUCACAAAGGCCCUGGAUCUGGUGAUGUCACGGCUGCAUUGGGCCAACAGUUUUGUUCAACUACACAAGCCGUGGGAACUUGCCAAGCUCAGUAACCCCUCUGAUUCUGAUCAGCUACUUACUGUGUUACAUGUUGCUAUGGAAACCCUGAGGGUUUGUGGGAUAUUGCUUCAGCCAGUUGUACCAGAUUUGUCAGACAGGCUUCUGACUAGACUAGGCGUCCCUGCCGGUGAGAGACAGUUCUCAGAUGCUCAGCGGCCCGCCACCUCUGGCUACCAGUUACUGGGGGACAGGAUCGUGCUACAGAAGAAAGUCGGCCAGUCAUAG